CGAUACUCAUAUCAAUCGCGCACGUCGCAGAAUCACGUCAAUCCCGUAAAACCGUACACGGGUCGUUGUCAGGUUAUGAACCACUUUCAGACAGUCAGUGUGGAUGUCUCGUUCGAAUAAGAAAUUUUAAAGAUUAGAGAAAAUGACGAGCAACGAGAGUCAGUCGCAAGCCCAAACGAGUAAGUCGCAACCGAUAUUUCGUGAACUAGUAGCGGAUGAUCCAGAUCCAGAAACAACGGAAAUUGAAAGUCUAUGCAUGAACUGCGGUGAGAAUGGGGCAACCAGAAUUCUCCUGACAAAGAUCCCGCACUACAAGGAAGUCGUGCUUAUGUCAUUCCGCUGCGAGCAUUGCGGAUACCACAACAACGAGAUUCAAAAUGCUGGGAAGGUCCUUGAAAAGGGAAUUCAGAUAACUCUUCUGGUCUCCACACCUUCCGAUCUCAACCGACAAGUGGUCAAGACUGAUUUCACAUCAGUGAAAAUACCGAAGCUAGACUUUGAAAUACCUGCUCAGUCUCAAAAAGGAGAGGUAACAACAAUUGAGGGUAUCAUAGAUCGUAGUAUUGCUGGACUAGAGCAAGAUCAAGUCGUUCGUAGGAUACAAGAUGAAGAAGGUGCGGUCAAGAUUGACUCAUUUAUUUCAAGGCUGCGUUCUUUAAAACUCCUUGAUGAACCGUUCACAAUGAUCUUUGAGGAUAUCUCAGGCAAUUGUUACGUAGAGAAUCCGAAUGCACCUUUGUCCGAUGAUGCCCGCAAGGUCACGCAUUUCAGCAGAAAUCUAGAACAGGAUCACCUGCUUGGCAUUUAUCCACAAAACGAAGCUCUGCUCAAGCCAAUCCAAGAAGGAGAAUAUUCCUUGGAGCAAAUAGAAAGCGAGGUUCUCACGUUUCCUACUAACUGUCCAAACUGCAAUAGCCUCUGCCAAACCAAUAUGAAAAUGACGAAUAUUCCACAUUUCAAAGAAGUUGUCAUCAUGGCUACAAAUUGUGAAACCUGUGGCCACAGAACAAACGAAGUCAAAAGUGGCAGUGGAAUCGAGCCCUAUGGACUUCGAAUAGAAAUUGUGGUAGCGGGGACUGAAGAUUUCAGUAGAGAUGUUCUGAAGUCUGAGACCUGUGGAAUAUUGAUUCCUGAGUUGGAUCUCGAUGGAGGUUGUGCUGCAUUAGGCGGAAGGUUUACCACCGUAGAAGGAGUUCUUCAAGCAACGAGAGAACAGUUGGCUUCCUCCACAACUUUGACCGGUGAUAGCAGUGACAAGAAAUCAGUUGACCAAAUGAACAAUUUCUUAAGUCGUUUGGACGCUGUUUUGAGUGGUGACAUGUCAAUUACUCUGAUUCUGGAUGAUCCUGCUGGGAAUAGUUAUGUUCAAAGUCUUUCAGAUUCAGGUCUGGAUGAGAGGCUCAAGAUCACAAGAUACGAAAGAACUUAUGAGCAAAACGAAGAGCUGGGGUUGAACGAUAUGAAAGUUGAAAAUUAUGAGGAGCCCAAUGAACGUGUAAUGCCGUAAAAACACUUGGUAAUAUAUGGUACCCAAUGUUAAAUCCUCCAAUAAUUAUAGUAGAUAAAUUUUUCACUAUGAUAUAUGUUGAUGCAAUCUGGUGCAACUAACUUAUCAUCCCAUUAGCAAAGGGGGUAUUCAGCAUCCAGUGGAACCUUGGAUUUAUUUAUAUUUUUAAAUAAACUUCAUAUUUUCAAGCACGUAACAA